AUGAUUGCUUGUGGAACCAUCCAACGUACCGAGUACGUUCGACUCAACCCUCACGAUAGGACUACGACCAUAGUCAUCACGCUGAGUAGCGUCGACGAAGAUCCCAUUACCAACAGCUUGGUCAUAUGCCGCACACGACAUUACCUGCCAAAAGCUCUACAAGACAACCACGACGUCAGUCUCCUCGUGCCAGGUGCACAGGUCACCAUUACCGGUGUCAUUAAAGACUAUAAUGAGCCGAGUCAUUUAUGGGAAACUGAACAUGUCCAAAUUUCUUCCAAAGCGCCGCCUCCAGUACUUUGCAACCGUACGGACGUCCCAUUUGGGCGCACACCUCCCGAAACCUCAGCCAACAUCCCAGCUGCAAUGAGCCGCCCAAUCUCAGGAGCCGUUGGUUGUUGGUCUGAUUUUUAUAGCUUCUCUGACAGGCCGGCCGCCGGCUCCGACGUUGAAGACUAUGCUUCUAUCACUGUGUCCUGCGAGGGUGUGGAGUUGGAAUCUUCUGAUGUUUUUUCCAGCCCCACUCGACGUUUGCACGUACAUCCCGUUGACACAUCAAGCAAACCGAAGCGUCCGCGCUUGCAAUAG